AUGGUUAACAGGUUCCUGGAUUUGCAAGUGAGAGUUCCCAAUAAGCGGCUUUGUGGGUCUUCAAAAGAUUGGUUAAUAUUUGUGGAUAAAAAUGUCGCGGAUAAGAAUUUUGGAGUGACCCUAAUUAAUCCAUUCUUCAGGGUCAGAGGAAGAAGAGAGAAAGAAAACUCCAUCAUUCGCCUUCCUCCACUAACGCCUCCAGGUUGGGAAAAGUGGUUCAGACGAUGCGAGUAUUAUGUCUACAAGGCUACAAUGUCAGGUGACCCAAUACAAGAUCCAAACAAUUGCAUAGUUUUUGUUAUAUAUAUGGAACAGUCUCUCUUGGCAUUUAUUAAACCGGGUAAAGACACAGCAUGGACGUAUGUUGAUGCAAGUGUAGAUAGUACUGUUCAAGGGUGCCGCUUGGUUGAAGAAGUUACCUGCCUUGAAGGUAAAUUUUAUGCUGUUAACCAUUGGAGUGAACUCAUAUCUUUUGAUGUUACUGCUGAGUCAUACUCAAAUGUAAAAUUGGUUGUGCCGGCUGGAUUCAUACCAAAUUGCAUAAUCAAGAGAUAUCUUGUGGAAACAAAAGAUAAAGAACUGUUAAUGGUUCAAAGAUACAUAGAGUUUGAAGAUGAAAAAUACAUACGCGUGACAAAGAAAUUUAGAGUUUUCAAAUUGAAUUUCAAUUUGUGCAAGUGGAUUGAAGAAACCAGCUUAGGUGAUUUUGCGCUCUUUUUGGGAGAUAACACUUCAGAAGCUAUGAUGCCUUCAAAAUUUUCAAGUUUGUCGACCAAAUCAGAUAUACUUCAACCAUGA